UCUGCCACUAUAAAUAUAUCAGCUUAAGCGAGAGUUAUUGUAUCCAGUGGACCUUGUCUCUCAUUUCAGCAGUCAGACAAUUGUACUUGCUGAGCAUUGAGCUGUAUACCAUGGAGGGGUUCACCAUUAGACACUGGAUAGAAACCCCAGUCAGACACAGGGAAAUAUUUGCUGGAAAGAAUCUUGAAGAUUUGAUUCUGGAUCAUUCCCUUUAUGCUCUGCCUGGACCUCAAUGUCUUGAAUAUCCAGAGAAAAAAAGGAAGGUAGACUUGGACAGCAACAGGGCAGAUGGUGCCGAAGAUUCUGAACCCUUGGAGAUCCUACUGGAUGUGGUCCAGUUUCGGCCAGAAGACAUCAUUAUUCAAAUUUUUGAAGGAUGGCUCAUAGUUAAGGCUGAACAUGGGAGAAGAAUGGAUGAACAUGGAUUUGUUUCAAGAAGCUUUAUGAGAACAUAUAAAGUACCGAGUAACACUGAGUUGAAGGAUUUGUCUGCUGUCUUCUGCCAUGAUGGAGUUUUGGCUAUUCGUAUUUACUAGUAAAUGAGAUCUUUUUGACCCGCUCAGCUUUUCAGAAUGUUUGCUCAUCACAUUCUAUUAGGAUUGAUUAUUGUGUUACUUUAGAUGUUGCAUUAACCUACGAUGAAACUAUAUGAAGUCUAGAUAGUACACAGAUUCAUUAGUAAUUAGAGUAUGGAGUGUUCAUUGGAAGCAGAACUCUUCAAGGCUCAGAGUGGUGUUUGACAAACUGCAGCAAUCAUGUUGCUAAAAGCUCCAAAAAAAAAGAAAGAAAGUGAUAUUUUAGGUAAAGGUGGGUUCAGUCACUUGAUUUUUUUUCAAAUGUAGUAUUGGCACCGAUAUCGGUAUUGGUUGAACCCUAGCUGACACUAAACUGUUAGUAACAGGAACGCUUUGCAGAGCAGAAGAAAAACUCACCUGGUUCCACACAUUGCUGCCUCUCUGUCUGUCAUUGGCAGAAACACUUCAGAAUAUCACUUACCAGAAAUGGCUCACUUACCUGCCCCGCAGUGGAGCAACACAUGGCAAUGGUGAGUUGAUAUCCACAGGAUGGUUAGUGUUCCUGACUAGUGUUCCAUACAACAAGGGUGUUUCUGACUAUUCUCCAUCAUAAAUCAAAAAGAGGAAGGGUCUACUCAGAACGUUGGUGGUGUGUGUACAUAAUCAGUAACUCAAAUGCCGAAAUCUUACCAAUAAUGCUGUUUCUGUGAAAUCUGUAGCAACCUGUAAUCAUUAUUAAUUGGAUUUCACUUUGCUGAAAUCUGAACAUUGAACAACUUCAUUGUGAUUGCUAUUGGUUACUGUACUUUGCUCUUAUGCCCUGUACACACGAUCGGUUCGUCUGAUGAAAACGGACCGUUUUCAUCAGACGAACCGAUCGUGU